AUGUUGGUCUCAUUCCCGUCGUUGCGUUCGAGCCUGCUACUUGUGUCGUGCGGGGCCGUUGCUCGCGCUCAGACCUUUGCCAUACCGUCGAACUGGCAGAAUACGUCGUCUUAUUUGGAUCGCGCUGGUCGCGAGAUACUUGCGAGUGGUGCAGCCAACGCCUUGAUAUCUCGUAUCGACUCGAGCCAGGGGACCGUUGGAGGCUUCAACGGCUUCCUCUCCGCCAGCCUCGUCUCCGUACUUUCCCUGAAGGACAACCUUAGUGGAAACACUACGUACAAGCAGAUAGUCGACACGAGCAUUCAAGUAUACGGUCAACAGAACCCCAACUACUUCUGGCUCGAUCCGUGCGUGCUUCUCACACGUAGGGUCCACAGUAGCAGGUUUUUUGACGAUGUUCUGUUGCAGGGUAUCAACCAGCACGUCUACAGUGAUCCGAUCUAUUGGGGCUUGGCGUUCUUCUAUGCUUACCGUGCGUACCGUGACGACUUCCUGCUCACGACGGCGGUCUCGCUUUGGAAUGUUACUUCCGCUGCGUUCAUCUCCGUCAACGAUGCGAAAAGCUUCAAGCAGGCCAGCCGGAAUGUGACUAUCAAGCCCAUUUGCGACGAUUUCUCAAUCGCGGGCGGCGUCUUCUGGGAUGAAGAGAUCCGCAACACUACCAUCGUCAAUGGGGAGACCAUCGGACCAUGGUUGACGCACUUCCUUUCAGCGUACCUAUAUGAAGCGACCGGCUCUCAGCAGUAUCUCAACGCCGCGCAAACGUCCGCCGACUUUAUGCAGGUUCACAUGCUUAAACUAGGACAAUACGUCUACGAUUCAUACGACGUGGCGAAGUGUGCGACCAGCAAUCAAACAGUCACCCAUAAUUCUGGCUGGUUCAUCGAGGGUAUGAGCGUUCUGGCUAAUGUCACUCAGAACUCCACGCAAGCUCAAUUGUUAUAUGAUCUUGUACCUGGAGUCGUGACACAGAACGGAUGGACUCUCAAGACGGGUGUCAAUAGCGAAGAGUCAUCAGCGGGAGCGUUGAAAGGGACUCUCAUUCGCGGGCUUACUGAGAUGCGAAGCCGCUUCACAAAUCAGACGCAACUUGCCAGCCUCAUCGAGGCCUAUGUUGCGGUCCAGUUCAACUCUAUUCUCGCGAACGCUCGAGCGGGUACCUCGGACAACUACACUGCUUCUUGGAUCGGUCCUACUCCAACAGAGUUUCAGGGGGCUGGGAAUGUCGUCGCUUUGGAUGUGUUCAACUCCAUGUUCAGCUUCGCUCCGCCCGUUGUCGGAACACCGCUCAGCGGCUCAAGCUACGCGUCGGGCAACCUUGGGUUGGGAAAGCCUGGGCGAUUCGUGGAGGUCAUAUCUGACGAUGGUCAUCAUCAUGGCGCGACGACCGAGCCUCCUACACUACCCACAGCACCAAGGUCUUCUGCGACUGGCCCGACUAUCGGAGACGACUUCAUGCGUGUCGAACGCACAAGUGUUACAGCCGCUGUCGACGAAAUUCCCAACCUCGUAGCGCGACUGAAUCAUCUCCUUCGCCGACAAGAAGCGCGAUCGCCGACAAGCGACUUGCCACCCGCGUACGGGUCAUGA